AUGGGGGCAUGUGUGCGUCACUCUCCUUCUAUGUCACCUACGACUAGCCAAGCGUGGGGCAAGGAGUGCUCAUACACACAUGAAAAAGGGACUCUAAUGGCGAGCGGGACCCGUCUCCAUCAGCUCAGGAGACACCGUCAGUCCGAGUUCAGCCCGAUCGACGUGCGAAGACGAAGGAGCCUGGCUUUCGCUACACAGCCUAG